AUGGUGAACGACUUUGAUGUGGUGCUUGAAGGUGACGAGAACGAGGUGCUCAACCUUGGUGAGAUCGUGGUUGAUCCUUUGCUGGGUGAGGACGUCUGGCUCCUGGGCAAGGCCCUUACCCGCGCCCGUGUUGGUUUCGGUCCUCUCCGUGCCAUGAUGCUAGGUUUAUGGAACUCUCGAAACUGCUUGGAGGUGCGGCAUGUCGGCACCAAUCUGUUCUCUUUCCGGUUCAAAUCUACCAAGGACCGUGACCUGGUUCUCAAAUCUGAACCAUGGUUCUUUAACCGCCACAUGUUGGCACUGAAUAAGUUUGAUGCUACUUGUAAUCCGGUGGAGGUUCCAAUGACUCAGGUCCCCUUCUGGGUGCAGGUUCACGGCCUGCCUUCGACGUUCCGAACAGAAACGGUGGCCCGAUCGUUGGCGAAAGGCUUCGACGGUUUCCUUGACUGGGAUCGGCGUCGGGAUGGGGAAUGUCUUCGAGUCCGAGUUUGGGUAAAUAUUGGCAAGCCUUUACGUAAGGGUCAGAUGGUUGCGGUUGCCGGUCGGGAUCCUUACAAAGCUGUUUUUAAGUACGAACAGUUGUACGACUUCUGCUUCCGGUGUGGACUGUUGGACCACCAAAUCAGUGAUUGUGUUGUGCCACGUGCGGAGGGUGGUAUCCCACAUCGUUUUGGUGCUUAG